CGCAUAUGGUUCCUAAUCAAUUGACGAUUGAUGCGUCCGACCCCUUCUGUAUUAUCGAUUGUAUGUAUUAACCAGGGAAAAGUAAGUACUGCAGUUCGAGGUCAUUUUAAAUGACAACCUAAUCCUUCGGUGACAUGGAGUCAAGGGUUUGUGUUUUGGGAGCUGGAGUGAUAGGCUUGUCAGCUGCUGUGAACGUGCAACUCUUGAUCCCAGGCGUGGACAUUACUAUACUAGCUGAUGAAUUUGAAGCAGAAACUACCAGCGACGGGGCAGCGGGGCAUUUUGGGAUUACGAAGGAGCGGACAAAUUCGGACAUCAACAAUUUAAUCCGCUGGGCCAGGGAUUCUUUUGAAUGGUACCACAGAAUAUGUAUAUCUGAAGAUGCCAAUAUCGCCGGAAUUCACAGAUUCCAUGGUUACCAGCUGUGGAGAUCAGCGAAACCGACUCCAUUCCACAGCAAAUUUGAUUACGCAUAUCGUAAAUUGUCCGUUAGAGAGCUAAAACAACUUCCAGGCAAUCAUACAUAUGGUUGGGCGUCGGAAACUUUGAUGGUAGAAUGCCGACGUUACCUGCCGUGGCUCAUGAACAAAUUUAGAGAGAAAGGUGGCAAAAUAGUUUGCCAGAGACUUAGGAACAUUAAUGAGAUUGAACAGUUUUACGACGUCAUAGUUAACUGCACGGGACUCAGAAGUAGGAAUCUGUUCCAGGACAAGGAAAUAGUGCCAGUCCGAGGUCACACAAUUCGCGUGAAGGCGCCAUGGAUUAAAAGUUUCUACAUUGCCGACGAUGGUGAUACAUACAUUUACCCAGGUCAGGACAAUGUAGUUCUUGGUGGAACUCGGCAACGAGGCGAGGAGAGAUUAGAGAAAGACCAAAGGUACUAUGACGACAUCAUGAGGCGAUGUUGUAAUCUAGUUCCUUCACUCAAACACGCGGAGAUCGAGCGUACCUGGGUAGGACUAAGACCUUGGAGAUCGGGAGGGGUACGACUGGAAGUGGAGACCAUUCCUGUCAGAGGCAGGCCUGUUCCUGUGGUGCAUAAUUACGGACAUGGAUCAGAUGGAGUCUGUCUAAGCUGGGGGUGUGGAGUACAUGCAGCAUGUCUUGUUAAACAACAGCUUAAUCAACAAAAUGCUCAUCAGAAACUCUCCAAGUUAUGAAACAAGGAAUCAAACCAAGUCCAGAUACCGGGUAUUUAAUUAUCCAGUUGUUGAUGAUUAUAUCAGAAUUAUGCUGAAUGUAUCACUGAUGUUUUACUUAAGAAUCAAGAUUGCUUUUUUUCCCUCAUAAAACUUAUAAAACUAUGCAAUUUUUUUUUAACUAUAGGCAAGUUUUCCCAAAAUUGAUGUUUUUUACUUUAUGACUGCGUAUAAACCUGAAGUUGAAUAACUGUUUAUCAAAUCUGAAAAACUGUUAAAUAAAUAUCCAAAUACUGAAUAAUUCAUACCGAAUAAAAAGAGCGAAGGCAAAUUUGACUGGCAUUUGAAAGAAAUCUAGAAACUUUUGACAAGUGAACAAUUUUCUAAUCUAUUGGGUUCCUGUGAAACAAAUAUUUUGAGUUUUAUAAUAAAUUAUUUAUGAUCACUGACUCAAGUGUAUUUUAAAGCCUUGAAAAUAUAAAUGUGUAUUUUAUGAUAAAGGAAUUCUAUGAAUUCUGUACUAAUUUAUAAUUAUCAUCUGGACUUCCAGAUUUUGGAUAAAUUUUACGAAGCAGGAACUUGCCUAUUCCCUCAGACUGACAUGCUAUUGUUUUUAUAUUUCAUUUACAAGAGGUUUAUAGUAUCUAUGCAUACUAGUAUAUUAUCAGCUUAAAAGCAAUGUUUUACAUAUUAUGUUAUUAAAACUUAUUGUGUGACUGUACAAAGUGUGAUUUAUAGGAAGUAUUUGAUUCACAUGUUAAUUAAAUAACAGACCCUAACAGGAGAUUUAUUUUAUAUAUGCAUUCAAUCAAAAGCAAAAAUAACCCUGUAACAAUAGCAAAAAAAAAAAAGCAGAUGGUACUGUCAGAAAAUAAAUGGCAGAAAAACAAGAAGGCCAAUAUUUAGAUCCCCUAAAUUGGUUUUGCUGAUUAGAAACAUAUAUAUGCAGCACUGUCUCACACAUUGGUAAUAUCUGAUAAUUAUUGUAGUCAAUAAAACUUAUCAAUUUCUGAA